CACAGCAGACUGUCAGUUGGAGAAGGAAAGCAGAGGACACUGACUGUCAGCUGUGAAUUCAACAAGCUAUGGAGACCCCAGGUCAGAAGCGGGCGACCCGCAGCACCCACACCCCACUCUCCCCCACCCGUAUCACCCGCCUGCAGGAGAAGGAAGAUCUGCAGGGGCUCAAUGACCGAUUGGCCGUCUACAUCGACAAGGUGCGUUCCCUGGAGCUGGAGAACGCCGGGCUGCGUCUGCGAAUCACCGAGUCCGAAGAGGUCGUCAGCCGCGAGGUGUCGGGCAUCAAGUCGGCGUAUGAGACGGAGCUGGCGGACGCACGGAAAACUCUGGACUCGGUGGCCAAGGAGAGGGCUCGUCUGCAGCUGGAGCUGAGCAAGACCCGCGAGGAGCACAAGGAGCUGAAAGCGAGGAAUGCCAAGAAAGAGAGCGAUCUAUUGACAGCUCAGGCCCGGCUGAAGGAUUUGGAGGCCCUGUUGAACUCCAAAGAUGCCGCCCUCACCACAGCGCUGGGAGAGAAGAGGAAUCUGGAGAAUGAGAUCAGGGAACUUAAGGCUCAGGUUGCAAAGUUGGAGGCCAGCCUCGCUGACACAAAGAAACAACUGCAAGACGAGAUGCUCCGUCGCGUGGAUACUGAGAACCGUAACCAGACGCUGAAGGAGGAGCUUGAGUUUCAAAAGAACAUUUACAGCGAGGAGAUGCGGGAGACUAGACGCCGGCAUGACACCCGGGUGGUGGAGGUGGACAAUGGGCGCCAGAGGGAGUUUGAGUCAAAGUUGGCGGACGCCCUUCAGGAUUUGCGUGCCCAGCAUGAGGGUCAGAUAGGCCUGUACAAGGAAGAACUGGGGAAGACCUACAAUGCCAAGCUGGAGAAUGCCAAGCAGUCCGCCGAGAGGAACAGCAGCCUGGUGGGAGAAGCCCAGGAGGAGAUUCAGCAGAGCAGGAUCCGCAUCGACAGUCUCUCGACCCAACUCAGCCAACUGCAGAAACAGCUGGCGGCCAGAGAGGCCAAACUACGGGACCUGGAGGACGCCUACGCGCGUGAACGUGACUCCAGCCGCCGGCUCUUGGCCGACAAGGACCGGGAGAUGGCAGAAAUGAGGGCCCGCAUGCAGCAACAGCUGGACGAGUACCAGGAGCUGCUGGACAUUAAACUGGCGCUGGACAUGGAGAUCAACGCCUAUCGCAAGUUACUGGAGGGAGAGGAGGAGAGGCUGAGUCUCUCCCCCAGUCCCCCCCACAGAAGAGGUCCCCGGACCAGCGCCUCUCAUUCUGGGACCCACGUUUCUUCCUCUGCCACCAAGAGACGUCGCCUGGGAGAAGGGGAAUCGCACAGCACCAGUUACAACCAACACGCCCGCACCACCGGGAAGGUGUCAGUGGAAGAGGUGGAUCCCGAGGGGAAAUACGUCCGACUGAGGAACAAGACUAGUGAGGACCAAUCGCUGGGGAACUGGCAGAUCAAGCGGCAGAUUGGUGACGAGACCCCCAUUGUGUACAGGUUCCCUCCCAGACUUACACUAAAGGCCGGACAAACCGUAACGAUCUGGGCAUCAGGAGCUGGAGCCACAAAUAAUCCCCCCACUGAUUUGGUGUGGAAGGCUCAGAGCUCCUGGGGAACAGGCGACAGUAUUCGCACAGCUCUGCUCACAUCCAGCAAUGAGGAAGUUGCUAUGAGGAAGCUGGUGCGCACUGUGGUCAUCAACGAUGAAGAUGGAGAUGAUGAAGAUGAUGAUGACAUGGCACAUCACCACCACCACCAUCAUGAUGGGCAGAAUUCUAGUGGAGACCCCGGGGAGUACAACCUGCGCUCUCGCACUGUUUGCACCAGCUGUGGGCGCCCAGCUGACAAGGGUUUUGUUGCCCCUCAGGGUUCUGGGUUGGUCACCGGAACGUCAGGUUCCUCGUCCUCCAGUGUCACCGUAACCCGGACCUACCGCGGCACCGGGGGAACCAGCGGGGGCAGUGGCCUCGGGGAGAGUCUUGGCACCAGGACCUUCAUUGUUGGAAAUGACCAACGUGCCCAGGUCACCCCGCAGAACUGCAGUAUAAUGUAACCUGAAGCCGCCAUUACCAACUGCCCAACAAGUGCCCAAACAAAAGAGAAAAUUUUAUACUUCAAGAAUUUUAUAAAGGAAAAAAAAUGCACAUUUUUUUUAAGGCAAAAUUUACCUGUAUCUGUUAUAACGGAAACCAAAAUAUAUUGUUUGCUCUGGACCCCCCCAUAAUGCCUCAAGAAUGGUUCCAUCCCACCCCCUACAGCCAAUCACAGUGAACAGUGCUCACCAUGGAGCUCAGUGCCGCCCCUUCUGGAUAACCCUGUGAUCAAUGGCAGCGCCACCUAUAGGCAGAGCAACGUAUUGCAGCUAAAACCAGACAUUGAUAUGUGAUGGAUUCAGGGUGUGGGGCUCAGGGAUUGGGGCAUUACUAAUAUCGGGGCUCAGCGGAUGCACUAGAACCCCAAUACUUCCUUCUGACUCCUGAAACAUGGCCACUGCCAACAGGGAAUUCUGGGAUUUGUAGUUCAGACAGUUUGAAAGUAGUAAAUGUCUCAGUUUUAAGCCAAAGCUGUAAAUUAAUUGAACCAAAGAUGCAGGGAGUUGUAUUUGGUUGAGUGAUGCUAUUGGAGUAGCAGGAGCCAAAGGUGCAGGGAGUUCAUUUUCAGGGGGCUACGCUGACCAAAGGUAGCAGGGAGUGCCGGAUUCCCUGCAGCAAACAUUUCUUUACCAAAGCUGGGCUCAUUUACAGCCGCCGUUAUGGUCCUGUAGAAAUUGAUGCAGUUGCACCUAUUGGCUCCUAAACAUGCCCCGCCCCCUGUUUGUGGGAAAACAUUGCAUUGUGGGUAACAACGUGGAAGAUUGCACUUGGGCUGGUAUAUGAGAACCCCCCAGGGAUGGGGCAGAAAGGCUUUUUAAUUGAUCACUAAACUAACUGGGAUUUUUAUUCUUUGCUGGGGGUGGAGCCAUAUCCAAGGGGGUGGGACCAUACAAGCACAUCAGUGUUACGCCAUUAAAUUGAACCCACCAAUCAGAUUUGAGCUUUAAUAUGUCUUGCUGCAUUUUCCAGAUCAGAGCUGACUGCCGGUUGGUUGCCGUGAGUUACAGCUUCAGACGCCAGAUUUAAUUAAGGAUAUUAGGGGCCCGGGGCCCUCCCUGCCCAGAUCACUCGUUUGUCAUUAGUCUCACAGGUCACUUUCUGUGCAGCAAAACUCAAAAUAUAGACAAAUAUUUCAAUUUGAUUUUAUCCCACCGGGGGUUGCGGGGAGUUGUAACAUAAUUAUUUCCUUUUGAAAGGGGGGGGUGUAACAUUUUUAUAUGGAAUAAGAAGAAAUGAGUGUAACUGUGUAGGUGCCCCGGAGGUGCGUACAUGGGGUCCCCAGAUGGACUACAACUCCCAGCAUCCUGCAACAUAGAAGCGAGGGGGAAGGCAUGCUGGGAGUUGCAGUUGUGCAACAAGUGGGAGCUGAGGUUAAAGAAGGAAGAAAUGGAACAUGGCUGUGCCCUAUUUACAUAUAUAAUAUAGGGGGUGGUACCCAGAAUAAACUCCGCCCAUAUCUAAUGAUACUGUCUAAUUAUGCAUUUAUUGACUCCUCCCCUUUGUUUGUUGUUAAAAAGGAUCAAUAUAAAGGUGAUGGGAGUUUUAGUUCAUAGUGGGGGGAAAUGUGCGGAGUUCACUGACUGGACAGGAUUCCAACAGGUUAAUUCUGCCUGGAGGGGCGUGUGACAGAUUUGGGUAAUUAUAUAAUAACGGGGUACAAUAAUCUGUCUGAUUGUGACUCCUGAGCUCUGAGCUUUGCUUCUAUACAUUAUAUUGCGCCCAAUCCUGUGCCUUUAGCUCCAGCUCAUAAACUUGUGCCUUACUGUCCCCCGGCUGCUUGUCUACUUACUGUACUUACUGUACUUACUGUACUGCCUAUAUAUAUAUAUCUGAUUCCCCCGCACACUGCCAAUAAACAAUCCCAUAAACCCAA